AUGCUGGAGCCGGAGACGAAGGACGUAUACCGCCCGUCGCUCAGGAAGUGCAUUUUGAGGACGAUGGGAGCAUCCUUUAUAUCGGGAUAUGUUGUAGGCACGUCCUUCCGAUGGAUUGCAGGGAGCCGGCGGGACUAUGGACAGUAUCUUGGAAACAGCCUGUGUGUUGCCGGCGUGUGUCUCCAACUUGGGAGGAGGCUUGUUGACAGUGCGACGGCGAGGACAGGAAACUCUUUUAUUUUUCGGCGGUUUUCUCCCUGGAAAUGA